AUGCCGCGAAGGAACAAAUGGAUGCAUCUGGUGGCGGGCGUCGUGGCCGGAGUCACGCUCGGUGUCUUUUUGAAAUUAUGCUUAAGGUCAUCGUCGCGGACGUCCAUCGAAAUAUGUCCAGAAGCUGAUAAAGUGUUCGCUCCCCCCGAACCGCUAGCGCUGAUAGGGUUGAAACAAGAAGAGUCCAUUCAGAACUCAAAUAGAACCUUAUUGUUCGUGGGUGUAAUGACGGCGGAGCAGUAUUUGGGUACGCGAGCGAAGGCCGUGUACGACACCUGGGCUCAGGAUUUACCGGGACGAAUAGCGUUCUUUAGUUCAGAGGUGUCGCGUGCGCCGGGCCUGCCGUUAGUUCCCUUGCGUUACGUAGACGACAGUUACCCACCCCAAAAGAAGUCUUUCCUUAUGCUCCUGUAUAUGUAUGACAAUUAUGGCGAGAAAUUUGAAUGGUUUAUGCGCGCGGAUGACGACGUGUACGUGCGAGGUGAUAAGUUGGGUGAUUUUUUGCGUUCAGUAGACAGCAGAAAACCGCAGUUUAUAGGCCAAGCUGGAAGGGGAACAACGGCUGAACGAGAUGCGCUGGCGCUCGAUUACAAUGAAAACUUCUGUAUGGGUGGGCCCGGGGUGCUCAUAUCGAGAGAGACCUUACGAAGGGUGGCGCCGCACGUGAAGUAUUGUCUGAAACACCUGUACACGACGCAUGAAGACGUGGAGCUAGGAAGGUGCGUUGCCAAGUUCGCCGGGGUGUCCUGCACCUGGAGCUAUGAUAUGCAGACAAUAUUACACCACAACAGCAGCGGUGCAGCGGCUUACACCGGUCGUCUGAAGAAGCGGGAAGUUCACCGAGCUAUCACUUUACACCCGGUCAAAGAUCAUCGACAGAUGUAUCGCCUCCACACUUACUUUAAGAACUUAAAAAUCCAAGACCUCCGCGAGACGACAUUAGACCUGCACAGAGAGAUAGCCACUUCACUUCGAGAAAUGGAAGUUGAUCAAGAACAAGUACCUAAUUAUGUCCUGCCAGGCGACGUCCCCCUAUUUCCAGUUAAGAUGGGUCAGCCAGGAUAUUUGGGAGACAACAGAAUUUUAGGUGCACCGAUAGAUUUCAACAGAUACAAACCAGACUCUAUAAAAGAUGUUAUUCCUUUUGAAUUCAUCAGCAAAUCUAUCUAUUCAAUGAGUCACUCAAACCCUAAACGACGGAUUGAAAGCCCACUGAAGGAGGCAUUGGAUGAUGUCAUUAGAGAGGUAAUGGAAAUCAUAAAUGCCCCAUCUCGCCAACGAGGCCGUGUGAUCGACUUCAACGAACUCCUCUACGGAUAUACUCGUCUCCAGCCGUUGCAUGGAGUGGACCACGUUUUGGAUCUGCUUUUGAAGUACAGGCGCUACCGUGGUCGAAAAAUGACAGCGGCGGUGCGUCGACACGCUUAUCUACAGCAGAGUUUUACUGCAACGGAAAUACGAGAGCUACCAAUGGGCGACCCUCCGCCAUUUGAAGAUCCUGAAAUCCUAGAAAAAAUCAAUAGUAAACAUUCACUCAACGAUUAUGAGGACUUUGACGAGCCGAGUCCACAGCCAGCCGGCUUUCUGGAAUUAGGAAGGCUUAACGUCAAAGAGGCGAUCGAAAGCGGCAUAAUGAAAAUUCAAAACAAUCUACCAAAGGUCUUGAAAUGGUCGGAUGAUGACUACGAGUACCCAAUAUACGAUAGAAGAAUAUAUUUCAUCCUUCCAUUAAUGGGACGGCAAGAAAUAUUCGCUCGUUUCAUGAAGAAUUACGAAGAAAUCAUCCUGAAAAGUGAUGAAGCGGUCACUUUAAUAGUUGUUCUUUAUUUAGAUGGUAAAAACCUUCAAGAUUAUAGAAGCGCAGAAGCAUUGUUAGAUCACUAUAACGAUAUGUAUGGUAAGGACAUAAGAAUCGUUCACAUGGGUUCCACCACAUUCUCUCGAGGCGCUGCUCUCACGGAGGGACUGAAAGAGUGCGAAAAUGAUGACCUAAUCUUCUUUGUAGAUGUCGAUAUGAUGUUCAAUCACAUAAGUUUAAGAAGAAUUAGAAUUAACACAGUCAAGUACAAUCAAGUAUAUUUUCCAAUCGUCUUCAGUGAGUACAACCCGGAUGUCGUCCAGGGUGAGGAUUACAAUAAAUUCAAAGGAGAAUCUGUUGUUACCAUUCCUACUAGAAAAUUUUAUAAAAGUGAUGUACCCAAAACCGAUAGGGAGCUAGCCGAUUUAAAAUAUAGCAAAGAGAUCAAUGACGAUUUCGGAUAUUUCAGACAGUACGGCUUCGGUAUACUGAGUAUCUAUAAGUGUGAUUUCUUAAGGGUGGGCGGUUUUAAUCUAAACAUUAAGGGGUGGGGAUAUGAAGAUGUCCAACUAUUUGAAACUUUAAUUAAAUCUAAUUUAACUGUGUACAGAAUAGCGGACGAAAGUUUAGUGCAUAAGUUUCAUUCGGUGGACUGUGAUAAGAAUUUAGAAAAAAGUCAGUUCCUUAUGUGCCUAGGAACGAAGGCGUCGACGUACGGCAGCGAGAAACAUAUGACAUAUUAUAUGCUGAACCAUCCAGAAGUGCUGUGGCCCGAAGAAGUGAACAAGAAAGGUGCUAGCUAG